AUGGCGGACCAAGCCCAACCCCAAGUCCACACACCACCACCCCAGCCCCAAAAUCCAACAGACUCAACCCCCAGCCCAACAACAGACCAACACCAGAAAGAAGCCCUAGCAGCCUUCACAGCAACCCUGCACUCAGUGGGCACAAACCUAGAAGCGCCCCUCCGUGACCGAGCAGCAAAUAUCCAAUCCAACGCCGCAGCACUGGAAAGACAAGAAGCCGAACUAGCAGAGAAUACGCAGCGGCUGGCGCGGCAGAAUCAGCAAUGGCUUGGGUUUGCGGAUGAGACGCGGGAUGGGUUGAAGGAGAUUGGGGAUGUGCAGAAUUGGGCGGAGCUUAUUGAGCGGGAUUUGCUGGCGCUGGAGGAUAUGAUGGAUUCUGUUGAAGGGAGGGGUGGGAGUGAGAGUGAUUCGGGGUUGGAUCGUGGGUCUGAGGAUGGUUGGGAUGUUGAUGGGGAUGGGGAUGGGGACGGCGAGGUGGAUGGACAUGUUGAUGGUGAUGGGGUUGUUAAGGGGAAUGGGAAUGUGAAGAAGGUGGAGCAGCCGGCGAGAAGCUGGUUGCGAUGGUGGUGA